AUGACGGUCGACUUUACUGCGAGGCCGGAAAGGCCUCUUCCAUACUCGGAUGAUUUUUCAUCUGCAGACCAAUAUGUCGACAGCCUGCUGGACUUUGCGACCAAUUCCCACCUUUUCCAGUUUCUCUGUGGUGGUGUCCACAUUCUUGACUUCUUCACCAGCGAGCCCGGCCUAUUUGUCUCUGCCGUUCCCAAGGAAUGGCAGGACUACCUGGUGCAGACCGAGCCCAUGGUCCUCUUGGAUUUCUUGAUGAGAGAUGAUCUUGACACACUUGCCGCGCAAACUGGCCCCGGACAGCCUCCCGAGACGCUGAUUCAAUAUGUCAAGGACAUCAGGAAACUUUCGUUACGACGCUCCUUCCAGCCCAGCAAGCCAAAACUACCAGUGCUUCCUCGGCAGGUAGCUUUGGGAAUGAACACCAAGAAAGUUCACGAAGUCACUCACUUUUCCGGAUACAUCGACAGGCUCUCGGAGGACGUCGCUCGGGUUAGGGGAAAGGAACUGACGCACUUGGUAGACUUUGGCAGUGGCCAGAAUUAUCUAGGCCGCGCUCUGGCGAGUCCUCCGUACAACAAGCAUAUCGUUGCCGUGGAGAGUAAGGAGGCCAACACAGCAGGCGCCAAGGAUCUCGAUAUCUUGUCUGGUUUAGCUGAGCGGGAGAAGAGAAUCCGCAACAAGAAGCUCUACCACCGCAUCAUGGAAAGUGUAGAUCCGUCAGAAGCCAAUGAUGAAGAGGCACUGAAGCGCGCCGCAAAGGCACUGGGUGUGACAGACGAAGAUAUUGCUACCAUUGAUCUCCGAUCGAGAAAGGAGCUUCAGGCCACUUAUGCGCGGGAGGAAGGAAAGGGCAGCAUUGAGUACGUCGUUGCCAAGUUGGGAGAUGCCGACUUGGCCCCUGUGAUCUCCCAGCUGGAGUACACGGAAACCCACAGCGAGGAUGAUCUCAGCAUGAUGGCUGUGUCCAUCCACUCAUGUGGCAACCUCUCUCACUACGGCAUCCGGUCCAUGGUUCUGAACUCGUCCAUCCACGCUGUUGCAAUCGUGGGUUGCUGCUACAACCUUCUCACCGAAAAGCUGGGUCCUCCGACUUUCAAGCCUUGCUUCAGUCGGCCGACCCUUCAGCCAUUGAAUGCACGUGUUGUCAGGGAGUCCGAGAGACGAGAUCCCCAGGGUUUCCCCAUGAGUGAGAAACUCUCCACCUACAAUGACCAAGGCAUCCGACUCAACAUCACAGCGCGUAUGAUGGCGUGCCAAGCACCCGGGAACUGGACCGACAAGGAGAGUGAUGCCUUCUUCACCCGCCACUUUUACCGUGCCGUCUUGCAAAGGAUAUUCCUCGACAAGGGGGUCAUUUCCAAGGUCUACCACGGGCCAAGCGAUGGCGAGGACGAGGGCGAGGAUGGCAACGAGAGCCCGUUCAACUUCAGCACCAACCCCGUCGUGAUCGGCUCACUCAGGAAGCAAUGCUACACCUCGUUCAGCGCCUACGUCCGCGGAGCGAUCACGAAGCUGACGACCAACACGGACUUUAGCCAGUACAGCCAGAUUGUACGCGAGAAGCUGAGCGACAUCACCGACGAGGAGAUUGCCAAGUACGAGGCCGCGUACCUGCCCCGAAAGCGGGAGCUUAGCGCAGUCUGGAGCCUGAUGGCCUUUAGCGCGUGCGUUGUUGAGUCCCUUAUCGUGACUGACCGGUACCUGUUCCUCAAGGAACAUUCCGAUAUCGUUCGCGACUGCUGGGUGGAGACAGUAUUUGACUAUGGCCAGAGCCCUCGAAAUCUCGUCGUCGUGGGUAUCAAGAAAUAA